AUGGAUGCAACGAAUAAGGAAGCGACCGCUUUCGCGCCUAUACAAACUCAAGAGCUGUUGGAGAAAGAAGAAGGCAAUGAGCACUACAAACGUGGUGACUAUGUGGCAGCAAUUGAGAGCUACACGCGAUGUUUAAGCCAUAAUCGCAAUGAUGCAGUGGUCUUGUCGAAUCGUGCCAUGGCGUACAUAAAGAAUCAAGAGUUUGGGAAUGCAGAAGACGACUGCACAUUAGCAUUGAAGAUAGAUCCAACACAUAUUAAGUCGUAUACACGCCGAGGCACAGCGCGUAACUUCAUGGGAAAGCAUCGACUUGCGCUGCUUGAUUUUGAUCGUGCUGCCACGUUGAAUCCAAAUAGCCGUCAAAUUCAAUCACAGUUGCAAUCGACUCGAGAGCUUAUUCGGGCAGCAAUUAAGGGCUCUCCAAAACGCUUGGACUUUUUGACUGAAAUUGUGGGAAAACGAUCACAUGUUGAUCGUAAGAGUCAGCAGGAUUGUGUUGCUAGUGAGAAUAUGAAAGAUCUUGGGUCACAGCAGCUAGCAGAACUUUCUCCUGGCACGGAACAGCAGUUACUAUCAAGACACGAAUCUGCUUACUUAUCGCUACCUCAGGAGGCAACGCCGUUGCAUAAAACACGCGCAAAGGGAACGACAAAGAGCUUAACUGCUUUGCCCAAGCUUCCGAAGAAACCACCAGCCACAUCUUACGAGUUUAGCCGCGUAUGGAAGACGCUUGCCUUGCGUGGAGAUACUGAGCGAAACAAUCGAUUGCUUAAGCUGCGUGCUGACUAUUUGCUCAUGAUCGACCCUCUAUCGCUUUGCAGUAUCUUCAAGACUUCGAUAGAGUCUGACGUGUUACAUGAAAUCUUUCAUGUCCUCCGGUAUGCCGUGCUCGACGUGUCGGAGACUAACUCAUUACUAUCGACUGACACUGCCACAUUUGUGCUUGCGUUUAUUGUUGAGCUGGCGAAAGUGCCGCGCUUUAACAUGACAGUUAUGCUUUUGUCAGAGAGUGAGAAAGAAGAUGUGGCAUGGGUAGUGAAGUACUUGGAAGCGCAUGUAAAGGAGUGCAGCGCAAUUGAAGAACAUCAUGUUGGUAAUCUGAACAAGAUGUAUGAGUUACUAUGA